AAAAUAAAAUUCAUUGACAAUUGUAUUGUGGUUGACGACGACAAAAUAAAGAGUCGAUAGCAAUGGCAUAGUUUUCAAAUUUCAGCUCUGAAGUUCAUAGAGUUUGUUGUUCAUCAUCUAUCCCUUCCUCUGGAGUUUCCGUGCCGAGAUUUGAGAUUCCAUGGCGAUCUCAAAGCUCGCCAUUCUAUCACUUUUUCUAGCCCUAGUCUUCACGCAGCUCCGCGCCGAUGAAUCGCUUGAUUUAGAGGCGGAACAUAUAGUUGAAGUCGUUAGAUCGGAUGAUUCUGAGUUUUCUGAUUUGAAGCUUGAAUUGGACCAGCUCAAGUUCAAGAUCCAAAAGCUUGAAUCCGACCUUGAUGUAAAAAACCAAGAAUUGAAGAGAAAGGACGAGGUAAUAGCUCAGAAGGAAAAAAUCAUCAGUGCCAAGCUAGAUAGCAUUUCGUUGCUUGAAAGUGAGAUUGCUUCUCUUCAGAAAAAGGGGAAAUUAGAUGCUGAGGAGCAGGUUGGAAAGGCAUAUUCACGUGCUCAUGAAUUAGAAAGACAGGUUGAUGAUCUCAAAAGGCAAUUGGAGAUGCUGAAUGGGGAGAAAGAAUCCUGGGAAACUGUAGCAAAUGAAGCUGAGAAGAAAACACUUGAAGCCAGUUUAAGAUUAGAGAGUCUCCAGAAGAUUCACGAAGAACAGAAGAGUAAAAUUCGUGUGACUGAACGGGCUCUUGAAGUCUCCAAGGAAGAGAUGAGGAAGGCAAAGUUUGAGGCAGCUUCAAAAAUUAAAGAGUUGACAGAGGUUCAUGGUGCGUGGCUCCCACCUUGGCUUGCUUCACAUUAUGACCAGUUUCAGUCUUUGAUCAGAACACAUUGGAAUGAGCAUGCAAAACCUGCAAUUGAUGUAGUAAUUCAAAAGGCUUCAGAUAAGACGGCACAAGCAGCAAAAUGGGCCGAACCCCAUGUCAAAACAGUGAAAAUAAAAUAUAUCCCGGUCGUGAAGGAAAGAUGGUUGGUAGUAAAAACAAAUGUUAAACCACAUAUCGAGACAUUAACUGCAAAAACUGUAGAAUUUUAUCAAACAUCAAAGAGUGUGAUAACUCCUUAUGCAGUUAAAUCUAAAGAAGCUAUUCGUCCGUACUAUCUGGAAGUUAAGAAAUUCAGCAAGCCAUAUAUUGAUCAAGUUGCUACCGUUACGAAACCCCACGUAGAAAAGGUUAGGGUGGUCCUGAAGCCCUAUACAAAGAAAUUAGUUCGUGGAUAUGGAAAAUUUCUAAAAUCUGCGGCUGUAUAUCAUCAUAAGGUUCAAGGUGCCGUUAAAGAGACUCUCAAUAAACAUGAAUUGACCAAGCCACUCGCGACUAGAGAGUUGGAAUGGUUUGCGGCUUCUGCUAUAUUGGCUCUUCCUAUUAUUUUUCUGUUCAAUAUGAUCUCUGCCCUUUUCUGGAAGAAAACAAAGAAACCUACUCGAAACACCGUCCACAAUGCACGUCGUAAGGGUAAAAGAGCGCAUUCUGACAAAUAGAGUAUGAUGUUACUUGUCAAGCUCUUGUGAGAUCAUUUUGAGUUCACACGGAAGCCUUCGUGGUUAUUGAGUGUCCUCUUGGCCAUAAACUAAUAUUUAAAUUUUUGUUCUUUUGAAAAGUCCUGCAGCUUCAUAUUCUUUCAUCUUUUGUGAUAGCAUUUUAGUCCCAUUGUUAUGUUACUCCAUUAUAAUUAAAUCAGGAGAUAGUCAAAGCCUAUAGUCCCAUACAAGUUAAUGUAAAAUAGGAUGUUGCUUUAAUUUGAUUCGAGUCAGCUGUUUGCAUUGUUCCUCCCAACUACCAACAACUCCUUAGAUUACACUCAUGUAACAUUAUUUCUCUAUAAGAAAGUUGCACUUUUAUCUUA